AUGGCUGACGACAAGAAGCCGUCCGUGUUGAUCGUUGGAGGGUUGGGUUUCAUCGGACGUCAUCUGGCCCUCUACAUUCACGAAAACAACCUCGCCUCCGAAGUCCGACUGGUGGACAAGGUGCUACCACAGCUUGCUUGGUUGGCGCCCGAGUUUGAGCAGGCGUGCUCGAAGGAUAAAUUCGUCCAGGCAGAUGCCGGCCGGGAACAACAUUUCCCCCGCAUCUUCGAUCGGAGUAAUGGCGAACAGUUCGACUACGUGAUCAACUGCGGCGGAGAGACGAGGCAUUCCCAGCCCGACGACGUCUACGAGCUGCGCAGCUACAACCUGACGGUGGCUUUGGCCCGCGAGGUCGCCCGCCGUGGAAUUCGCUCGUAUGUCGAGUGCUCCACCGCCCACGUCUACAAGGGGGGAUCGGGGCCGCGAAAAGAGGACGACAAGAUCCAGCCGUGGAACAAGCUCGCCAAGUGGAAGUUGAAGGCGAGCGAGGAGAUUCAGAAAAUCCCCGGGUUCACCUACUGCGUGCUGCGCCUACCGCACGUCUACGGAGAAUACGACCCCGGCUACUUCGCGACGGGCAUCUGCCUGGCGCGCGUCCACCAGGACAUCGAGAAGGACAUGGAGAUGCUGUACACCAAGGAUCUGAAGAUCAACACCGUCUACGUCAAGGAUGCUGCCGACGCUCUGUGGAAGGCCGCCGAGUGGAGGGCCAACACCCCUCCCAGAGAAGAUCAGCCCAUUGCCUUCAACGUGGUGGACCACGGAGAUACUCGCCAGGAGCAUAUCGCCGAGGCGCUGUUGGACGUGCUAGGCAUCAAGUGCUCCUUCCUCGGUUCCCUGGCAUCUCAGCUGGCCAAAAUGAACCUUGACGACGUGCUGGACGACAUGAACGAGGAUUGUCUGCAGAUCUGGGCGGAAUUGAUUGAGCAAGCGAAGAUCGAGCGACCGGGCCCGAUCAGUCCCUUCCUGGAGAGGGAUGUGGUCAAGGACCAGGACAUGUCGAUUGACGGUACCUUGUUUGAAAAAACGACCGGGUGGAAGCCCACUCGCGAGAAAUUCGAUGCGGACGGGGUACGCGACAUGGUGGAGAGCUACAAACGUAUGGGCUGGUGGCCCUAG